CGCGUUUUUGGGGAUGAUGUGCCGUGUCAAGGGGGCGCUCCGCCUAAUUGGGUAGUGUACGACCUGCCGGGAUGGGCUUAGGGCCAAUCCCUGCAAAGAGGGCAAACCUUAAGCGCUAAGGCACGGAUUUGAUGGAACUCAGUUCGCCCCUCUGCCCCUCCCUCUUCCCGGCCAACUAGCAGCCGGAUGACAGCAAAUAGACGGUUGCCGUCUGGAAAAGCGGUGAGAUCCGGAUGGUUGGCUUGCCUGGUGACUGACUGGGUGGCGUCAAGGCACGGUUCCGCCAGGAAGCGGAUCCGGCGGUCAAGAGGCAAAUCAGCCAAGCCGGCAACAGGAUUCCAUCCCCCAUCCAGGCGACUGUCAUUUGUACCACCCUUCGCAGUCGCGUCUUCAGGUCGGUCGUCGUCAGCCGAAGUACGUUUGACCAGACCAGAGUCUGGAAACAUGCCUUCAAGUCUCAUUGCAUUUCAUUGGGGUCUGCCAUUCUCAUUCCUGCGAUCAAAAAUAGUCAGUCCCUCAAAUCUCGGGCGCGGGAUUAUUCUGCAGUUUACGCAAUGCACCGCUUGGGCCUCUUCCCUCUACAGACUCCAUCCAGCCCGCAUGCCUAUUGUUUCCUAGUGAUUUCGGCUCGCCUCUUCUGGAAUCCCCGUCACGCCGUACCUGCCUCCUGUAUACCUCCUGGUGGAGCUGAUGCCCGAGAAUGAGCUUUGAAAAAGGAGUUAGCCAGAGUUAAGCCACACUGACAGUGACCCUGCUAUUGCAUCACCAACCCGAAGUCGGCUUCGUCUACAUGGUAGACGCGUAGAAUGG